AUGCGACGUCAAGCGAAGUAAACACUUAACAUUAAGAAAUGCCGUACUACAAUACUGGUCGGCCAAUUAGCUCUUAGCUUUUUGUCUGUCGCUUUUCAUUAUUAUUGUUUGUUCGGCGGAGACGGCGGCGCUUGUGAAAAGCCGUUUGAAAAGCGCGAUGAUGAGUUCGUAGGCGUUGGAAAGUCGCGAAGCAAUAAAACCUAUGAAAGUGCACUUUUUUGUUAA